AUGUCCGUACCUUUAGACUAUACGAUCAAAGAUUUAACAGUGAAAAGCCAAGUUCUGUGCACUUACGAUCACGAAAUCGACAUCCAUUUUGUAUUCUCGGCGGAAGUGAUCAUAACGAAGAGAGGCUUCAAGUAUUUGUUAGUCAAUGGAUACACAUACUGUAGGAAUGUUGUGUCGGAGAAUAAAAUAAGAUGGCGCUGCUCUGACAGGAAGUGUUCCGCCAGAGUUCAUACGGUGGAAGGAAAACCACCUUGCGCAAAUCGUCACUCCAUCGUGCCUGAGGACGCGGUCUCCACUCCAGAACUCGUCUACCCCAACGGUUAUCGGUUCUUCAGCAAAUAUGGCCAGGCCAAAAGGAUGACUGCAAAUGCUCGUAUUUAUCACACAAACAUCUGCCCCCACCGGGAUUCGAACCCGGGACCUCUUGAGUCGGCGACACCAUUAAACCCAGCGUAUAAACCACUCGGCCAAGGAGCGGAAGAGAUCACAACGAAGAGAGGCUUCAAGAUUUUGUUAAUUAAUGGAUACACAUACUGUAGGAAAAAUGUGUCGGAAAAUAAAAUUAGAUGGCGCUGCUCCGACAGGAAGUGUUCCGCCAGAGUUCAUACGGUGGAAGGGAAAGUGACACUCCUUAUGGAAAACCAUAAUCACCCAAAGAAAUUCAGAGAAAAUGCGUGUCGCAUAUCCCGCCGCCUGCGGCGAGGUUAUGUGGGGCUCUCGUCCGUGGACUCAUCUAAUGUAGGACUACUCGAUGAGUCCUCGGAGUCCUACCCACUGAAAACUCAACGGCACAUCCCCGGUUCUGAGUUACCGGGCCACCUGUUGGAAAGACCUUCUGGUCCCUCUCGGGCGGAAAAAGCUCAGGAGCGUGAAGCCUUUCCUCAAACAGGUGAUACCGGGAUCCGCCGAACUAAUGCAUUGUAUAUAUGCGUAACUCUUGUUUUGAUUAGCAAGACUAAUACUUUGUCCGAGGUAGCGCCGCUUCACAAGCCGCACCAGCUCUAUUGUUGGUUCCAUAUAGAUGGGAAGGGGCUGGUGUGUCUGAACAGGUUGCAUCCCAUACCAGCACCCGGACCAUCUUCCAUGGAAUCAAGCUCAUACCGUCCGGUCUCUUGCCAUCGUCUCUUGCAAUACCAGUCAGCUCAAGUAGACUUGGCACUUUGGCACAUUGACGGUGGCAAGGGACCAGCGUAUGAUAUCGUUAAGGAACUCCAAGCCGUAAAGAGGUUGCGAUUCGGGCAUUAUGAUCAAAUUAUUUAUUUACAAAACCAUAAUGAUAAUAAUGAGCAACCUGGGAAUGAUAUUUUAUGUAACUCAAAUGAGCCGACUCAGUCUCAGGCUACAUCACCGACGGUCAUUCACGACGCGAUCGGUGCCGACGAACUACACCAGGAGGGAGAGGAAGUCGGAGAUUCUCGAGCAAUACGGUCACGCGCGGACACGACACCUGCUCACGAUGGCGACCAGUCGGUACGGGUCUCUCCAUUAGCUUCACCCUCCAGAGUGACGAUAACUCGAGGCGUGCGACUUCCUAUGCUGAGCGAUGACGAUGAUGGGGCCUGUGAGCCUAGCCCACCAUCGUCGACCCCCUCCAAAGUGACGAUGACACGAGGAGGUCGGCACCGUAUACGCUCCGAUAGUGCUGACAACUUUUAUGAGGCUGAAUAUUGGUCUUUAUAA